AUGGUGCACCCAGAUAAUAUUUCAAGUAAAUUAGCUUCUUUAGUUGAUGUUAGUGCGAGUAUCGAUAAGGUGGUCGCAAAUGUGGUAGAUGUCGGAGGUGAAUUUAUUAGCAAGCACGACUUUGAUGACCGUGAAAGCAUGCUAACAUGGAUUUGUCGGAACACAGUUAACCUUGGAUUUGGUGUGGUAAUCGGAAGAUCAGAUAAUGGUACCGCAAGAAGAAACCCGUUUGUUACAAUGUUGUGCGAAAGAAACGGGAAAUACAAUCCUCCUCUAAAGAAGUUUAAAAAAGACGACACGGGUACUAGAAAAUGCGAGUGUCCAUUUAAAAUACGUUGUUAUAUGUUGGCUAGCAAGAAGUGGAGAAUAUCUGUUAUUUUCGGUUUGCAUAACCAUGAAUUGUGCGCAAAAUUACAAGGCCACCCUAUGGCAUGUGGGCUCAAUCCGAUUAAGAAGGCAUCUAUUAAAGACAUGUCCUUGAAUUUUGUCCAACCGAAAAAUAUACCUGCCACAUUGAAAAGGAAGGAACCCGACAACAUAUCAAACAUAGGGCAAGUGUAUAAUCAACGGUACCGUAAUAAUAAGGCGAUUAGGGGUGAUACGAACGAGAUGCAACAAUUGUUGAAAAUGUUGGAUGAUAACAAAUAUGUGUCGCGGUACAAAAAUUGCGAUGAUGAGGUUAUAGUCUGA